AUGAAUACUUAUCUGAUGCCAAUCUAAUGCAGAUUAAGGAAAUAGGACAAGCCUAGAACUACUAUUCUUAGCAAUAAUCAUCAACUCAGAGUUGAUUCACUCAUCACAGAUAAUCUAAUUCAGCAAGUAUACUGGCUAUAUGAUAAGCGAUUUCCAAGUGUGGACAAGACUUCAAACUAUGUGAACUAUGACCAAUUUAAAUUGCCAGAUAUAGGAUUAAAAAAGGUUUAAGCCUUUGAAUUACCCCAAAAAUAAGUAUUAAAGACGUCUAGAAAUGAUAGAAUCAAUGGAACAAAUUAGAGCAACAUGAUACUUUUUGGAUUUACUAAUAACAAUCUGAAUCCAGGGAGCAUCAACCUUAUCAAUAUUAAUGGAAGCAUGGUUAACAAUGAAGAUUAAUCUUUAUCUUAAAUAUAGCUGUAGACCUAAGUUGAUCAAGGUAAGCCCUAGAGCAAUAGAUUUAGAAAAGCAUUGAAAGAAGCUAGAGAGAAGUCAACUUUAAUUUUGAAACAGAACUCAAUAAAAAAGUAGUAGGAGUUUGAAAAUAAUUUCUAGACUAUGUAGCAACAAUCUCCUGCAAUAAUACGAAAGUUCAGCAUAAAUAAGGCUAAAUAUGAGAAGAAAAAGUCUACCAUCUAGGAUUAAGCAAUGCCCCAAUAAGAGAUAAUAGUGCAGGAUGAACAAGAAUAUGAAGAUACAGAUGAGGACCCCGAGUAUGAUAAGCAAAAAACUAUUAGAUAUAUUAAAUCAAUGCCUAAGGGUGUUAAUAGAUCUAAUUAAGCUACAACAAGAAUUCCAAAAUAAAUCAGAGUUUAAAAGCAUUUUACAGAUAACCAAAGUAUGAUAGAUGUAAAUGAUUUAAUCACACCUUGGGCUGAGGAUUAAGAUGGUGUAGAUAUGUAUAAUUACGAAUCGUGA